UCAUGCGAAUAACAUGGCGGAAUCGGUAGCUGAGUUGGCGCGAGUGUUGGAGACAUAUAGAGGCAGGGAGAAACUAAUGCGACUCCUUCAAUAUUCGAGCUAUUUGGCGAGUGGAGGGCUGCAGAAAUUUUCUUACGAGUCUAUUGCGGGAAAAUUUCGGAUCUGGGCGGAAGCAAUAAGUGAAUGUCGGACUUUCCUUCGUUUGUUCGAUGAUGCUGCAAUGUUGUCUUACGCACGCGAUUAUGGAACUGGAAAAGAGGAAAGGGAUAAAGUUGUACGUUGGACAAAUCUUGUGGACAUAUUCUGUGGUUUGACAUUUUACCCUUUGGAGCAUGUUGCCUGGGCAAGGGAUAAGAAACUGCUGGCUGGCAAAUCUGACAAACUAUGGGACUUGUCUCUGUACACUUGGAUAGGAUCACUUAUAGCAUGUAUUAUAAGAGAUUUGUGGCUUCUUAAAAAGCUUUACCACCUAGGAAAGGGCAAGUCAAUAUCCAGGACACAAUUAGUAAAUGACAGCAGUGGUGAUAUUCAAAUAUCAUCAUCCAGGCAAAAUCAGAUAAAAUAUCUGCAAAGAAGACUCAUUGUCUCAGUGAUUGGAUUCACUUCUGAUUUAGGAAUGGCCAUCCACUGGGCUCCACCUGGUUUCCUAUGGGCAGGCAAAAUGUCAAUUGGAACUGUUGGCCUUCUUGGCACGAUAUCAUCUUUCGCUGAACUGUAUAAGUACUUUAAACCAGCUGCUGCAUUACCUGAUGAAGCUCUUGGAAGCAUUUGAUGUUAUGGAACUGUGUUAUUUUGUUUUCUAGUCACCAACUUAGUAUAUUGAUGGAAGUAGCAUUCAUUGUACUGUGUAUUUAAAUACUUCAUGCAUUUUUACAUCAAAAGUAAGCAUAAUUAUAGCUAAACUACAACUUGUCAUUUCAAAACCAAAAUUGAAUAUUGAAUCAGUAAAUUCUAAAUUAUUGCUUCCAAUUUCUGAUUUUAAAUUCUUGGUCCCCCUCUCACCAUGCUAUUUAGUAACUAGCUGGGGGUUAGGUCAAAGGAAUGGGAAAAAGAGAGAGAUAUCAUUGUAUAACGUUCUUCAAAGUAAUUUCAAAAAGCUGUUCAAGCAAAGGAAUACAAGAAUUAAAAACCACAGUACAUCACA